AUGACUUCCCAGGGGAAGUCAGAAGGCCCCAUGCCGGCUUUGGUGGCUGAUGAUGGGAAAUACCCGGGCGAGUCUUUGAGGAGUUUACCCUUUAAUCCUAAACCAUUCCUCAAUGGAUUAACAGGAAAACCAGUAAUGCUGAAACUGAAAUGGGAAAUGGAGUACAAAGGGUGCCUGGUCUCUGUAGAUGGCUAUAUGAAUAUGCAGCUAGCAAAUACAGAAGAAUACAUAGAUGGAGCAUUAUCGGGACAUCUGGGUGAAGUUUUAAUAAGGUGUAAUAAUGUCCUUUAUAUUAGAGGUGUUAAAGAAGAAGAAGGUGGGGAAAUGAGAGAAUAG